CUCACCUCCACAGGGACAAUACUUACUAAAAUAUGGCUUUAUUUCCACAAGGUUCUGACUUGAGGAUUGUGCUGAUUGGAAAAACUGGUGUGGGAAAAAGUGCUGCUGGAAACACCAUUCUAGGACAUAAAUAUUUCAUUUCUUCUCCCAGUUCAGAGUCAGUGACUGCAUCUUGUGAACAACAUGCGAAGACGUUUGGUAACAGAGUAGUUAAUGUGGUAGACACACCAGGCAUUUUGGACACGGCAAAAUCCCCAGAAAUGAUCAAAAAAGAAAUUGUGAGAUGUGUUGAAAUCUCCUGUCCAGGUCCUCAUGUGUUCCUUCUGGUCAUUCAAGUCGGUCGAUUCACCAAAGAAGAAAAAAACUCUGUGGAAGCCCUGCAGGAGCUGUUUGGCCCACAGGCUAACCAUUACAUGAUUGUCUUGUUCACCCGCGGUGGUGAUCUUGGAGACAUGACAAUAGAAGAGUAUGUAAAUAAAGGUCAACAAGGUCUUAAAGAUAUUAUCCUAAGAUGUGGAAAAAGGUUCCAUGUCUUUGAUAACCUAAACAAUGACAGAAAGCAAGUGGAUGAGCUAAUCGGCAAGAUUGAUCGCAUGGUGGCUGAGAACAGGUGCACGUACUACACAGAUGAGAUGUUUCAAGAGGUGGUGGCUGCACGGAAAAUGGGAAUGCGUGUCGCUCAGUACAGGUUCCUAGCUCCAUUGCACCAGAGCAUUUUACGUUUUCAUUCCAUUCUUGCAAGAGAUUAAAUUAAUAUGAUAAAUUUUUCUAAACACAAGCAACAUAUUCUAAACAAGACAGCCAUAUAUGAACAUACAAAAAAAUAUGAAAUAUAUUAAAAAUCCCUGAGACACAUUUCAUGUAGAUAAUUAUGUAGCAUUAAUUUGCUUUGAUUUUCAGUAUAAAUGUAAACUAAAAACACUUUUUUAGUGUGUCCUUGGGUGCUAAUAGAGGUAUGUUAAAGUUUAAUAAUGAUCAUAAUACAAGUUUUGGAUGUCAUACUAAUUACUAAAUAGACAAGGGUAAUUCCUGUAUAAAUUUAUGUAUUUAAAAUCAUUUUUAACAGUAUUGCUUUAAAAAGUUAAGUGUUUCUUCUAGAAAACGAAAGUGAACUCAA